AACAAAUAUCCAAACUACCGAAAACUAAAUUAGCUGAUCGGUUUUAAACUCCUUCGCUCAGAAGAACGCACGAGAAGCCACUUUUCUGAAGCCAGAAACGCUUUUUCCACCAACUUCCGUUGGUUAAUUAAAGUAGAUAGAAAGAUAGUUGCACAGAUAGCAGCAGAAUGGCAGACUCGGCGGCGGCCAACAGCGACGGGGAGGACGGACCCCGCGAGCCCAUGCGGGGCUUCGCGCGCCAGGGAGCCCUUCGCCAGAAGAACGUGCAUGAAGUGAAGGACCACAAAUUCAUCGCGCGCUUCUUCAAGCAGCCCACCUUCUGCAGCCACUGCACCGACUUCAUCUGGGGUUUUGGCAAGCAGGGAUUCCAGUGUCAAGUUUGUUGUUUCGUGGUUCACAAACGUUGCCAUGAGUUCGUCACUUUCUCCUGUCCAGGCGCUGAUAAAGGACCUGCAUCAGAUGACCCGAGGGCAAAGCAUAAGUUUAAGAUCCAUACCUACUCCAGCCCGACUUUCUGCGACCACUGUGGCUCUCUGCUCUACGGCCUUCUACACCAGGGCAUGAGAUGUGACCACUGUAUGAUGAACAUCCAUAAGCGCUGUGUGGCCAACGUGCCAAGCCUGUGUGGAACAGACCACACAGAGAGGAGAGGCCGCAUCAAGAUCACUGCUGAGAUCAAGACUAAUGUGCUCACUGUUACCAUAAUAGAGGCCAGGAAUCUGGUUCCUAUGGAUCCCAACGGUCUGUCGGACCCCUACGUGAAGCUUAAACUGAUCCCAGACCCCCGCAGCGAGAGCAAACAGAAGACCAAGACCAUUAAGUGCUGCCUCAACCCCACCUGGAAUGAAACCUUUAAAUUCCACCUGAAGGAGUACGAUAAGGACCGCCGUCUGUCGGUGGAGGCGUGGGAUUGGGACCUGACCAGCCGCAACGACUUCAUGGGAUCACUGUCCUUUGGCAUCUCGGAGCUCCAGAAACAAGGAGUGGAUGGAUGGUUUAAGAUGCUCUCCCAGGAAGAAGGAGAGUACUUCAAUGUUCCCGUUGCUCCAGAAGGGGAGGAGGGCAACGAGGAGCUACGGCAGAAAUUUGAGAGGGCUAAGAUUGGUCCAAGCAAGAACACAGAGGGCAAGUCGGCCAAUGCUGCAUCCCGGUUCGACUCCAAUGGCAACCAAGAUCGCAUGAAGCUGUCUGACUUCAACUUCCUGAUGGUGUUGGGAAAGGGAAGCUUCGGCAAGGUGAUGCUGGCAGAGCGUAAAGGGACAGAGGAUCUAUAUGCCAUAAAGAUCCUGAAGAAGGAUGUUGUGAUCCAGGAUGAUGAUGUAGAGUGCACCAUGGUGGAGAAGAGAGUGUUAGCAUUGGCCGGAAAGCCCCCGUUCUUAACACAGCUGCACUCCACCUUCCAGAGCAUGGACCGCUUGUAUUUUGUCAUGGAGUACAUCAACGGCGGAGAUCUCAUGUAUCAGAUUCAGCAGGUCGGCAAAUUCAAAGAGCCCCACGCUGUAUUCUAUGCAGCAGAGAUAGCCAUUGGUCUGUUCUUCCUGCAUCUAAAGGGCAUCAUCUACAGGGACCUGAAGCUGGACAACGUGAUGCUGGACUGCGAGGGCCACAUUAAGAUAGCAGACUUUGGCAUGUGUAAAGAAAAUAUGUUGGAUGGAGUCACCACCAAGACCUUCUGUGGAACACCAGACUACAUAGCUCCUGAGAUCAUAGCCUACCAACCUUAUGGAAAAUCUGUGGACUGGUGGGCCUUCGGAGUAUUGCUCUAUGAGAUGCUGGCUGGACAGCCUCCAUUUGAUGGUGAGGAUGAGGAUGAGUUAUUUCAGUCCAUCAUGGAGCAUCACGUCUCCUAUCCCAAGUCGAUGUCCAAAGAGGCUGUCGCUGUCUGUAAAGGGCUGAUGACUAAGCAUCCAGCGAAACGACUGGGCUGCGGUCCGGAGGGCGAGCGAGACAUCAGGGAGCACAGCUUCUUCCGCUACAUGGACUGGGAGAAGCUGGAGAACAAGGAGGUGCAGCCGCCGUUUAAACCCAAAGCUUGUGGCCGGGAUGCGGAGAACUUUGACCGUUUUUUCACACGUCACCCGCCGGUGCUGACCCCUCCCGAUGAGGAAGUGAUUCAGAACCUGGACCAGGACGAGUUCCAGGGAUUCUCCUUUAUCAACCCAGAGUUCCCAGGAAUUGCUGCUACCACCACUGCCACCGAGCAGGCUUGAUUUCAGCUCAUGCACGGACACAUGCACAUACAUACACACACACAUACACACAUAUACACACACACAUAAUCACAUACUUCAUAAUUUCCCCCAAAAUCAACCCUGUGUAC